GCGCGGGGCAGGAAGAAUGAGAGCUAGAGCGAGAGCUGCCGCCGCCGGCCGGGCGCGCUGGGCUUGCCCCGGAACUUGGCCCUACCUGCGCCCUGAUCCCCCCGCGACCCCCGUGGCCCGCGGGCCAUGGGAGUCGGCUGCCUGCAGGGAUCACGUCUCUGAGACCCCAGACCCGCCACGGAGACCAUGAAGAGCGAUCGGACCCGCAAGGCCGGAGGGGGUCCAAAGGACUUUGGCACGGGACUCAAGUACAGCUCGCGGCAGGAGAACAUGAAUGGCUUCGAGGAAGGUGUGGAGUUUUUGCCGGUGAACAAUGCCAAGAAGGUGGAGAAGCGGGGCCCUAGGCGCUGGCUGCUGUUGGUGGCCCUGCUGAUUGGCUGCCUCUUGCUCUCCCUUGUGGUUGGCUUGCUGGUGUGGCACUUCCAGUACCGGAAUGUGAGGGUCCAGAAGGUCUUCAAUGGCUACCUGAGGAUCACAAAUGAAAACUUUGUGGAUGCUUAUGAGAACUCCAACUCCACUGAGUUUAAAAACCUGGCCAAGAAGGUGAAGGAAGCGCUGAAGCUGUUAUACAGUGAAGUCCCUGUCCUGGGCCCCUACCAUAAGAAGUCUGUUGUAACUGCCUUCAGUGAGGGCAGCGUCAUCGCCUACUACUGGUCGGAGUUCAGCAUCCCGCCGUACCUGGAGGAAGAGGUGGAGUGCGCCAUAGCCAAGGAGCGAGUGAUCUCCUUACCACCCAGAGCUCGGGCGCUACAGUCCUUUGUAUUGACCUCGGUGGUGGCCUUCCCCACCGACCCCAGAACAGUCCAGAGGCCCCAGGACAACAAAUGCAGUUUUGCUCUGCAUGCCCAUGGCAAGGAACUGACGCGCUUCACCACGCCUGGCUUCCCCAACAGCCCCUACCCAGCUCGUGCCCGUUGCCAGUGGGCCCUGCGGGGGGAUGCUGACUCAGUGCUGAGCCUCACCUUCCGCAGCUUUGACGUUGCACCUUGUGACGGGCAGGGCAGUGACUUGGUUAUGGUGUAUGACACCCUGAGCCCUGUGGAGCCCCAUGCUCUGGCGAGGCUCUGUGGCACCUACCCUCCCUCCUACAACCUGACCUUCCUCUCCUCCCAGAAUGUCUUGCUUGUCACGCUGAUAACCAGCACGGAACGGCGACAUCCUGGCUUUGAGGCCACCUUCUUCCAGCUGCCGAAGAUGAACAGCUGUGGAGGCUCCUUACGUGAAGCCCAGGGGACAUUUAGCAGCCCCUACUAUCCUGGUCACUACCCACCCAACAUCGAUUGUACAUGGAACAUUGAGGUACCCCAAAACAAGAAUGUAAAAGUGCGCUUCAAAAUCUUCUACUUGGUGGAACCCAACUUGCCGCUGGGCACCUGCCCCAAGGACUACGUGGAGAUCAAUGGGGAGAAGUACUGUGGAGAGAGGCCCCAGUUUGUUGUUAGCAGCAACAGCAACAAAAUCACAGUUCGCUUCCACUCGGAUCAGUCCUACACCGACACGGGGUUCCUAGCUGAAUACCUCUCCUAUGACUCCAAUGACCCAUGCCCUGGGAUGUUCACAUGCAAAACUGGGCGGUGCAUCCAGAGGAACCUGCGCUGCGAUGGCUGGGCUGACUGCACUGACUACAGUGACGAGUUGUACUGCACAUGCAACGCCACCCACCAGUUUAAGUGCAAGAACAACUUCUGCAAGCCCCUGUUCUGGGUCUGUGACAGCGUGAACGACUGCGGAGACAACAGUGACGAGCAAGGGUGCAGUUGUUCUGCUGGGACCUUCAAGUGUGCCAAUGGGAAGUGCCUCCCACAGAGCCAGCGGUGCAAUGGGAAGGACGACUGUGGGGACGGGUCUGACGAGAUCUCGUGUGACAGUGCGAGUGUCGUUGCUUGCACUGAACACACCUAUCGCUGCCACAAUGGACUCUGCCUGAGCAAGGGCAGCCCUGAGUGUGACGGGAAGAAGGACUGUAGUGACGGCUCAGAUGAAGAGGACUGUGACUGUGGGCUGAGGUCAUUCACCAAACAGGCUCGUGUCGUUGGAGGCACAAAUGCAGACCAGGGCGAGUGGCCCUGGCAGGUGAGCCUCCACAGCCAAGGCCAGGGCCAUGUGUGUGGGGCUUCACUCAUCUCUCCCAACUGGCUGGUCUCUGCAGCCCACUGCUUUAUGGAUGACAGAGAUUUCAGGUAUUCGGACCCCACUUUGUGGACUGCCUUCCUGGGCCUCCAUGAUCAGAGCAAGCGCAGCGACUCCGGGGUGCAGGAACACCAGCUCAAGCGCAUCAUCACCCACCCCUCCUUCAACGACUUCACCUUCGACUACGACAUUGCGCUGUUGGAACUGAAGAAGCCUGCUGAGUACAGUUCCGUGGUGCGGCCGAUUUGCCUGCCUGACACUUCUCAUGUCUUCCCUGUUGGCAAGGCCAUCUGGGUCACAGGCUGGGGGCACACCCAGGAGGGAGGCUCUGGUGCGCUGAUCCUGCAGAAGGGUGAGAUCCGCAUCAUCAACCAGACGACCUGUGAAGGCCUCAUGCCUCAGCAGAUCACCCCGCGUAUGAUGUGUGUGGGCUUCCUCUCCGGGGGCGUGGAUGCCUGCCAGGGUGAUUCUGGGGGCCCCUUGUCCAGCGUGGAGGAGGAUGGACGAAUCUUCCAGGCAGGCGUGGUGAGCUGGGGUGAAGGCUGCGCCCAGAGGAACAAGCCAGGCGUGUACACGAGGCUACCUGUAUUUCGGGACUGGAUCAAAGAGCAGACUGGGGUGUAGAGGCAGGGGAAGCCCGCCAGUCAACCCAACAUGAACGCCUGUGGGGCCAUCCCAGCAUGCACACCUGCAGACCGAGCACAAGACCUUCUGUUCCCCCAAAACCCAGACUGUGAACUGUAUCCUCAGGAUUCUAAAUCCCCACUGGAGAGCCUGUUGCCUCCCUCAGCCUCCAAAAUGGGAACAGAAAGGUGGGGAGGGAAAGGAUGGGCAAUGCCAGUGGACCAACCAAGCUCAAAAGCUUGAAGACGCAGACUCCCCCUCCAGCCCCAGGCUGGGCUGGAGGCUUUUUCCUGCAGACCUGCUUCCUGUGUCUCUAAGGAGCAGCUUCUGGGACCUCCUCAGUGAAGGUGGUGGCGACUGCAGGCGCUGGACUGUGAGGUCCCAGGGUACACUCCUCUGGAAACCCAAGCCCGAAGGACCCUGGAAACCUGAUGAAUCUGAUUGGAAUUGGUUUACCUGCUCCUAUUGUGGGCUUCAGUGUGUGUAUUUGUGUGUAUGAGUAAAACAUUUUAUUUCUUUUUAGACAAAAAAAAAAUUUUUUUUCUGGAA